AUCAACAGAUUAGGUUUUUCAAUAUACGUGAAUGGUAUCAUGAGCCAAUGGAAUGCUCCGGUUGUUAGCCUGAAUGGCUCAAAUCUGUUAAUAAUGAAGUUCGACUUGUCACACAAAUAGCAGGCAGGUGAAAUAAAUAUAGAUUUGAACAGAAUAUAUUGGAAUAGAAUAGACACGAAUAGAAUGCAUCACUCUCAUGUGUUACCGAUGCAUAAUGUGGGGGCGUGGCUCCACCUAAAAUAAGACUCAGCCUCCUUAUUCCGAUUGGCCAGACCAGCCCUGUUCUAGAACCGGGAAGUUAUGGAAAGUCAGCGCUCCGGCGAUUCUCAAUACAUCUCUUUGUAUUGUCUCUUUGCACGUUACACAAGAGGAGUAGACUGAGUAGUGUGUGCUAGUUUGAGCCGUCCUCUUUCGGAACUGUUGUUGACAUUCAGUAAUGAAGGGAACUUGUCAAUGACUCCAAGGGUAAACAUUUUGGAGUGAUUAUUACAAGCGCAUUACCAAAACUUCUAGGUCCUCGCCAAGGACUGUCCACCCGGUAUGUUCGACCUAACGAAGGAAUGGAAUCUGUCGUUCGCCGGCUGCGGGUUCCUGGGGAUUUAUCACAUCGGAGUGGCCAGCUGCCUGUUGGAACAAGCGCCCUACCUUAUCAAAGGUGCCACCAAGAUUUACGGGGCUUCGGCCGGUGCCCUAACCGCCUCGGUGCUCGCCAGCCAGGCAUCCAUAGCUAAGUGCUGUGAGGAUGUGAUCGAGACUGCCAAGGAGGCCCGGAAACAUAACCUGGGUCCCCUCCACCCUUCCUUCAACCUGGUCAAGGUCAUCAGGUCGGGCCUGGAGCGCGACCUGCCCGCCGAUGCACACACACUCGCCUCCGGGAGGCUGUGUGUGUCACUCACUCGCGUGUCUGAUGGACAAAACGUCAUCGUGUCCGAGUUCAAGUCCAAGGAGGAGCUCAUCCAGGCGCUGCUGUGUAGCUGUUUCAUCCCCAUAUACUGUGGCCUGAUCCCCCCAUCCUUCCAAGGAGUGCGUUAUGUGGAUGGGGGGAUCAGUGACAACCUUCCUCAGUCAGAGCUGAAGAACACCAUCACCAUCUCUCCGUUCUCAGGCGAAAGCGACAUCUGUCCCCGGGACACCUCCUUCAACAUCCACGAGCUUCGUUUCACCAACACCUCCAUCCAGAUUAACCUGGGCAAUAUGUACCGCCUCAGCAAAGCCCUGUUUCCCCCAGAACCCAAGGUCAUGGCAGAGAUAUGUCAGAGUGGCUACAAGGACACCCUUCGCUUUCUUGAGGAGAACCAUCUGCUGAAGCUGGAGUGUCCGACUGCCGGCCCCAACCCAUCAGAAGCCAUACACACCUGCUGCUGCAAGCCCAUCGCCAUGGAAACCACUAAGGACUGGAUGCUCCGGCGGCUCCGCCUCCUGAGGAAGCGGCACUGGUGGCUGGACGAGCAGAUUGUUGACAACCUGCCUACCCAAAUCAAAAAAGUGUUCUGUGAGGCGUGCCAGCAGAAGCCUGGUCUGUAUGCUCAGGUGUCUGAGAUGCUGCCGGUCAGAGUGGCCUCCUACAUGCUCCUGCCCUGCACACUACCUGUGGUAUCAGCCUACUCAGUGGGCAAGAGGAUUGUGGAGUGGAUCCCAGAGGUGCCUGCAGACAUGCGUUGGUUAGCUGGGGUGGCUGGGGAUGUGGCUGGGAGCUUGUACAGACAGGCCUGGAGAGGAGCGCCAGUAGACAUAACCAGUGAUGGUUCCCUGAGGAAUUGCAUGAGCCUGCCCCCACCCAUGGAAAGUGACGGACAAAGGGAGAGAAACGGUCACCUCGCCGGGUUCGCUCUCUCUGCUCUUGACCUCCAAAGUCAAUACUGGAACAUCCCCACCGUCCCCUCUCCCCGCCGCCCCACCAGCCCCCUCAUGCCCAGCCCCUCCCCACGACAGAUCUGCUUCUUUGUUGGCUCGCAGGACGAGACUGACUGACAGUCCCAUCCACCAAUGAGAGGACACUGUGACUAUGAAAAAAAUAUAUGAUAGGACAGUCCAGCUCAAGAUCCCUCCCACAGGGCCUGUCUAUAGGCUAUAGGAACUGUGAAGGGUGGUUUGGGAUGGACAAAAUAUGGUAAUGUGAUCGAAUAGCUUUGGAAUCCAGAACUGUUGCUAUAGACACACUAAUGACUCAAUCAUGCCUUUUGAUCACUCCACCAUCCAUAUUUCAUUCUAUUGUACCACAUUGGAAAACAAUUUACCAGCUCACCACCAAAGACCUCUGCAAGUGAAUUCUUUUUUGGAAUUACACAUUUUAUAACUAACAAUGUCUAGUUUUUCCAGAUAACUUGUUGUCACUACAACUCUACCUACCUACCUACCUACCUAGAGGAGGCUGGUGGAAGGAGCUAUAGAAUGACCUGCUCAUUGUAUUGGCUGGAACGAAAUCAAACACAUCAAACAUAUGGAAACCAUGUUUCACUUCGUUCCAUUAAUUCCAUUCCAGCCAAUAUAAUGAGCCUGUCGUCAUAUGGCUCCUCCCACCAGCCUCCUUUGCUACCUACCUACAGACAGUACACAAGAGGUUGGGAGCGCCUUAAUUGGGGGGACGGACUCGUGGUAAUGGCUGGAGCGGAAUUAGUGGAAUGGUAUGAAAUACAUCACAUGGUUUCCAUGUAUUUGGUGCCAUUCCAUUAUUAUGAGCUGUCCUUCCCUCAGCAGCCUCCUUUGCAACAGUACCCACCUACCUGUGUUCAGUUAAAUGUAGAAUUCAUUCCUAACGGACUGUUGACUUGAGUUGACGUUGACUUCCUUGACUAUGAGCUGUGUGUUUUCCUGACUACUAUUAGACAGGACCCUUGAACUAUUAUGAGGACCCUUGAACUAUUUUGAUGAGCUGUUAAGUCAAGAAAAUUGAGUUACAAAACCAUGGUGCAUCUGCAAAAAUCAUUCUGAGGACUAAGAUGUCCAGUUUUUGGGAAAAUUUCUUAUUUUAAAUACAUUUGACAUUUUUGCCAGAUUUUUAAAUUUUUUUACAGCAAAUUCUCUUUACGAAAACCCAUUCGGGUUAAAUUCUCGGGUCAUUUUAUUUUUUUAAAAAUCUUUAGAAAUACAAAUGUAUAUAAAUAAAACACAAAUACAAAUACAUAAAUACAUACAAUACAUAUGUUGUUUGUCCAUACAUCAUACAAAUUGUAUACUAGUUAAGGUUUACAUUAAACUAUACUAUUUAUAAUUAAAGUUCAAGUAAUAGACACAUCUCAACAUCAACUGUUCAGAGGAGAAUGCAUGAGUCAGGCCUUCAUGGUCGAAUUGCGGAAAAGAAACCACUACUAAAGGA